AUGAAUGAAAAUAGACAACGAACAAACGACAAUAAAGAAAAUGAACGUGCAGAUAGAAUGGGUACACAUGUUUAUUCAUCAAAAGAUAAUAGAAGUAUGCAUAAAUCAUUAAAUGGAGAAUUUAUUCUUUAUCAAAUGUUACUUGAACAAAUUUCUAAUAAAAAACAAGAAUUAACAUUUAAUAAAAAUAGUCUUGUGGAAUAUUUUCAACCAGAUGAUAAAAAUGAUAAAAAAAUAAUGAAAGAAUUUGAUAAAGAAUAUAAAUCAGAAAAAGCAAUUUAUUGGUAUACUAGAGAAACUUGUAUUUAUAAAAUAUUAAAUAAAGCAUUAAGAACACAAUGUAUUGAUGAUAUUAUUCCAUUUGGAUCAUUUAUUAGAGAUAUGAAUAAACAAUUAGAUGAUGAACAUAAAUUAUUUAUUAAACAAAAACAAACACCAAUUAUACAAGUUUAUCGAGGACAAUUGAUUAGUAAAGAUGAAGUUAUUCGUCUUAAAUCAACUCAGAAAGAAUUGAUUUCAAUGAAUUCAUUUUUAUCAACAAGUACAAAUAGAAAAAAAGCUUUAGAAUUUGCAACAAGUAAACCACCACCUAAUGAUGAAUUAACAUCAAUGUUAUUAGAAAUAGAUGUUAAUAUAAAUUAUUUAAGUAAACCAUAUGCUGAUAUAAAACGUCUUAGUGCUAUUCCAGAAGAAGAAGAAGUUCUGUUUACGGUAUCUUCAAUAUUUCGUAUUGAAAAUAUAUCUUAUGAUGAUAAAAUAAAUCUUUGGAUGGCUAAACUAACAUUAUGUUCAUUAGAUGAUCCAGAUAUAAAAAAUUUUUUAUCAUCAUUAAAACAAGAAUUAAAAGGACAAAAUGAAUUUGUUUCACUUGGAAACUAUUUUAUUCACAUGCUUAAAUAUGAUCUUGCUCAAGAACAUUUUCAAAAAAUUUUAGAUCAAAAUUUAGUAAAAGAAGAUAUUGAACUUGCUCAUACUUAUUAUGGACUUGCUCAAGCUAAUUGUAAAAAAGAAGAUUAUCAUUUAGCUAUAUCAAAUCUUAAUAAAGCAUUAGAUUAUUUAUUAAAUAAUUCAUCACUUAAUGAUCAUUCACUUGUAUCAUUAUGUUAUAAUGAUUUAGGUUCAAUCUAUGGUAAACAAUCUAAUUAUGUAAAUGCUUUACAAUGUUUUGGUAAAGCUUUAUCAACAAAUAAAAAUAAUGAUAAUCUAUCAAAAAUUUAUUCAGCUUCAUCAGAUGUUCAUUUUAAAAUGACAAAUUAUCAUAUGGCAUUAGAAAAUUUAGAAAAAUCUCUUGAACAUCAAACAAAAACUGACUAUGCAAUAAUUGCAAAUACAUAUAUCAAUAUGGGCAAGAUUUAUAUUGCAAUUAAUGAAUUCGAAAAAGCAUCACAAAUAUUUGAUAAAGCAAUUGAAUAUCAAUUGAAAGAACUUCCGAAUACUCAUCCAGAUGUUUCUUAUACGUAUAAUGCAAUUGGAUUAAUGUUUUUAGAUAAAAAUGAUCAUGAAAAAGCUUUAGAAUAUAUUGAAAAAGCUCUUCAUUUACAAUUAGAAUCAUUACCAAAUAAUCAUCCUGAUUUUGCAGAUACAUAUAGAAAUUUUGCUAAUAUAUAUAUGAAAAAAGAAAAUUUAGAUAGAGCUGUAUUUUAUUAUGAAAAAGUCUUAGAAAAUCAAUUAAAAACAUUAUUAUGGAAUUAUCCAUCAGUAGUUGAUACUUAUCGAUCUAUUGGAAAUAUUCAUUCGAAAAAACAAAAUCAUGAUGAAGCAUUAAUUUAUUUUCAUAAAAUACUUGAUAGUCAAUUAGAAAAAACACAAUUAGACGAUACAUCAAUAAGUGAUACUUAUCAAAAUCUUGGAAAUCUUUUACUAGAAAAAAAUAAUUUAGAUGAAGCUUUACAAUUUUAUCUCAAAAUACUUAAUAAUGAAUUAAAAACAAAAUUAUAUGAAGAUUUUUCAUUGAUUCAUAUUUAUAAAACCAUUGCAGAAAUUUAUUAUAAAAAACGUAUUUUAGAUCAAUCAUUAAUUUAUUAUAACCGUUUACUUGAUUGUUAUUUUCGAAAAGAACCACUUGAUCAAUCAACUAUUAAUGAAAUUUAUACUUCUGUCGGAAAGGUUUAUUUAAAAAAACGUCAUUUUGAUCAAACAUUAUUAUUUUAUCAAAAACAAAACAAUAAUCAACUCUUACAUGACAAAUCAAUCAAUAAAAUUAAACUUAUUGAUAAUAUUUUUUUUGAAAAACGUCAUUUGGAACAAUCUUAUCAUUAUUUUAAAAACUAUCUUCGUGAACAAUUGAAAACACAUUCGGAAAAAGAUCCAAUAUUAAUUGAUACAUAUUAUAUUUUAGCAAAUAUUUCUUUUGAAAAAGAAAAUUUCGAUAGAGCAUUAAAAUAUUUUCUUCUCUCAUUAAAUAAUGAAUUAGAACGAAAAGCAAUUUAUGAUUCAUCAUUACAAAAUAUAUAUAAAGCUAUUGCUACUAUUUAUUUUGAAAAAGAAAAUUACAAUGAAUCAUUGAUUUAUUUUAAUAAAUUAAUUGAUUGUCAAUUACAAAAUAAAUCAGUUAAACUUUCAUCAAUAAAUGAUACUUAUACUAUGAUUGGAAAAAUUUAUUUAAAAAAAAAUCAUUUUCAUCUACAUGCAGAUGAUAAUAAGAAGUUAAGAGAAAAUAAAUUUAACAAAAAUUUAUCAAUGACAAGAUCAAAAACGACAACAAAAUCAUAUACAAAUAAUUUUCGACUUGAAAAACACCAUUUAGAUCAAGCAUUAUUUUAUUUUCAGACCUUACUUAAUAAACAAAUUAACGAUCAAUUAUUAGAUGAUCUUUAUAUUAUUCUUGGUAAUAUUUGUUUGGAAAAACAAGAUUUUAAUCAAGCAUUAACUUUUUUUCAAACUUUACUUAAUAAACAACAUGCACAAAAUAAUUUCGGAGAUCCAUCAUUAGUUAAUAUAUAUUUAAUUAUAGGCGAUAUUUAUGCACAAAUAUCUCGUAUUGAUCAAGCAUUACAGCAUUAUAAACAAGGAUUAUCUAUUUCUCGACGUAUACCUACAGUAGAUCAAUCUAUAGUUCACAAUAUUAAAUCUAAAAUACGUCAUUUACCUGUUCCACAAAUAUAA